UUUUCUUUUUCUUUUUUUUUGUCUAUUCCCCUCUUCCCUUCUCGUGCAUGAUUAUAUUUUUAUUUUUUUGACAGAAGAACAUAUGGAAUGUACACAAUGAACGAGCGGGAAAAAAAAAAGAGAAAAGUCAAAAAAUUCAACAAAGAAAAAAACACAUUCAAGAAAUAAAAGCGACGGUAAUGACGAUCGAUGAUGGACGAACGAACCAAAGGGAGAAUCAAAAAGACAAUCUAGCUGAAGAUUGGAAUGUUUCUUCUUUGAACAUGGAGAUUUUCUCUUCUUUUCCUUUCCUUAUCUUGUUUCCUUUUUCCUUGAUGAUUGUUUUUUCUUUACGUUCCUUCGUGUGUUUUAUUUGCUUCUUGCAUUUCAAAAUACCCGGAGAGCCCUUUUACCUACUUUCCUACUACCUACCUUUCCCACUAUCUAUCUAUCAAUCACUUACUUAUAGGGACUCAUGUUUUCGACGCCCUCAAUGGAAGUGAUUGAUGAUUGAUGAUUGAUUGAUUUGAUUCCCGGCAGGAGAGAUCAAAGACGAAAGAAAGAAAAAGCAAGCCAGCCCAGGAUUGAUUGACGACAAUACU